AAAGCAGUAUAAGGAAUCUCUUCCAUUCCCAAAUCUCAACUUAGAAGCCAUUUGUGGCUUUUGUGAGGGAAAUGGAGCCAUUCUAGGAGCAUUUGGCAAGGAUUUUGCUGAAAAUGUGGCUGCAAAUCAUGCUUUAGUCUCUCUACUGGGUUUACAAAGCUGUUAGUUCUUGAGUCUAAGGUGUUUUACAAAAGCAAAAGUAUCAUGGAACUCUUUGCAAGUUCUCGAGCUUCUCGAGAGAGAGUGAGAGAUAGAUUUACUAAUCUUCCAGAGGAUGUUGCUUGUAAAAUUCUUUCCUUCGUCAGUUUUAGAGACAGUGCUUGUGUGGGAUGUGUGUCCAAAAGAUGUAGAGAGUUUUCUCUAUGCGUUCAGAACUUGGAUUUUGAUUCGGCCUAUGCAAUUUACAUGCGGGAUAGGUUGAGGUUGUUGAAUUGUUUGGAUAGGUUCUUGUUUCAACGCGGGGAGAAGGAGAUAAAGAGCUUUCGUAUUCAUUGGAUCUUUGAAGGAGAAAGUGCAAGAAACGAUGAGCAUUUUCGAGUAAUGUCAUGGAUCAAUUAUGCAGUCAAGUGCAAUGUUGGAAGUCUUAAUCUUGAGCUCAGUAAGUUUGGGGGGAUGAUGACAUUAGAAUUGCCGUCUUGCAUCUUUCAUUGCAAGUCUUUGAGGCAUCUAAUUGUGGAUGUAUUGAACACAGGAGGGAAGAUUCUUAAGACGCCCUCCUUUGCUUGUUCCAGUAAUCUCCAAUCCUUAAAACUGAAAAAUGUUACUAUUGAGGAGGGGUUUGGUAAAUGGAUCUCAUGGUGUUGCAAAUGCAUAAAGGAAUUAUCACUUGAACAGGUAUUCAAGACAGAAAGAAUCAGCAUUGAAAGCUCAUCUCUGGAAUCAUUUAGUCUUAAGAGUGAUUAUCGUUUGUGUUCUGAUGAUCUCCUUAAGCUCUCCAUCCUUAACGUCUCAGGUGAAAAACUGGGAAAAAUACAUGUACAAUGGAAAACACGUAAACGUGGCAUAGAUUAUUUGCAGAUUUUUGCCCCUAAUGUUAAAGAUUUGACAUUGAUCGGGAUUUUCAUGAAUUACCUGUCUUUGGGGAAAUUAAUGUGUUUAGAAAAGUCAAUAAUUUAUCCAUUAGGCAUACAUCAUUUUGACAAGGCGUUUGAGAUUCUUUGCAGUGUAAGCAGAGCUAAAGUUCUUGCUGUGAUCGGAGACAUCAUAAAGGUUGUGUUCAGGGAAGGCAUCAUGACACCACCCUUAGAUAAUGUUUAUUGCUUUUCUAUGCUUGGGACGUUGACUGACGACCUUGUCCCACCUAUGGCCAAUCUUCUUAAAACAGUGCCUAAUUUGAUUAGUUUGCGCAUAAGUAAUGCAGUCAUCCCUCUCAACUCUAGUACAAAUUCAUCUGGGUUCAAUAUCAGCUAUUGGAAAUCCCUGAACCUGGCUUUUGUUGAUCAUCUUGAGUACGUAUCAAUACCAAUUUUCAAUGGAGAUAAUGAGGUGGAGUUUGCAGCUUAUUUGCUCGAAAAUGCUAGGAAUUUGAAGAGAAUGGUCAUUUAUCACUCAGGCCAACAUAGUGCUAUAAACUGGCUUCAAAAUAAAAGCUUCUGCUAUUCCACUGCCAAUGUUAUCUUUAUGGAACCAGUCAAGCAGUUGAUCAAGAAAACAAAGGAAACAGAAAGGAGGCUGAUGUUCUAGUUGAUCACAAGUCCAGAAUGCUGAAAAGAAGAAGCUAUCCUUAGAACUCGCAGGAAUUCUGAAGGUUUUGAAGAGGGUGAGGAAGAUGUAUCAAAGCUUGUUUCCCAUCGUAGUAGAUUUACAUGCAAGGGUUCUUCUACAGAAGGAGUACUUUGUGCUGUAAUUUUUGCCUCUAGCUAGUUGGUUUAGAUCACCUGUCAGGGUUCUUUACCUAUAAGGUGGUAAUUGUUUUCUUGUUUUGGGUCUAAAUCAGUCUUAACCGAGCCAACAUCUUACUGGAUGUUUAUUUUGCGUAGAGAUACUCCACA